UUGAACGCAGUCAACACCUUUCCAUCGCAAGAACUGGCACGCCUGGUCUCGCAGGCCGGCGUCGCUAAAUCCCGAUUAAGUUACCCAAAAUACGCCAUCAAGGCCUUCAUGGGCGGCGUAUUCAUCUCCUUCGGUGCCCUCACAGAUCUAGUAAUCGCAUCUGGAUGCCCCGGCCUCCGAGAAUCUAAUCCGGCCCUCGCAACGAUGAUCGCCGGCUUCACUUUCCCGCUCGGUCUCGUACUCAUCAUGCUCACAAACAUGGAGCUGGUCACAAGUAACAUGUUCGUGAUGCCCUUCACUUUGGUUCAAAGGAAGAUAACGCUCUUCGAUGUCAUGAAGAACUGGGUACUCGGCUAUAUCGGAAACCUCGCAGGUGCGCUGUUCGUCGCAGGCUUCCUCGCGUGGUGGACCGAUACGCUGGGCUCGGCCACAGAGUCAUCGUACACUGUCAUACAAGCGGAGGGCAGGGUAAAUGUUCAAUGGAGUGUCAACUUUCUUCGAGGUAUCGGCUGCAACUGGUUCGUGGCACUGGCACUGUUCCUCUCACUGGGCAGUGUUGAGUUUGUCAGCAAGAUCUACUGUAUAUGGAUCCCCAUUUGGGCAUUCGUCAUUUUGGGAUAUCAACAUAGCAUCGCAAACUUUUUCCAGGUGCCUAUCGGAAUGUUCUAUGGGACAAGCUUCAGCGUCGGAAAGUUCAUUUACCAGAGCACUGUACCCGUCACACUAGGGAAUAUCGUCGGUGGGAUGGUAUUUGGGGCCAUGGUCUUCUGGUAUCUGUACGGAAGACACGACGACCCUCACAACGCCAACGAAGAUUCACUAGACUCUGACAGGGAGGGCCAUGAUGGUGUCAAGGAGUUGGAAGCAGGUGCCGCCAUUAGAGGAGCUCAUCCGAGGAAUGGAAGCGUGUAUAGAGGCCCUUACGAUCGGAAUAACAUGGCUGGCGCCGUUUGA